AUGGACGACGAUACCACCGAGUAUACAGAGUCUAAUAUCUGGGAAUCCCCAUCACACGUAGAUGGCCCACCGACAUCUCGUCCGAGGACUCCUAGAACCCCCAAGACCCCCAAAACACCAAAGACCCCGACACAUGAGCGCCCAGAACCCAUAGACCAUGAAGCUGCAUUGCGCAAGGAACUUGAAGGUGUUCGGGGCAUUAACGAGUCCCUUGAGGGUGUAAUUUCAACCCUGGAACGGGCAGGGGGGAACAUGAAUACCGUACUGAGCACGGUUAACAAUGCCUCUGUUCUCCUCAACACUUGGACGCGGAUAUUAUCCCAGACCGAGCAUAACCAGCGGUUGCUUCUGGAUCCCGGGUGGAAGGGCGCAACUGAAGAUGUUGCCGAGCAAGAGGCAGAGGCUAUCCAAAGACAGCAGGCUGCCGAGAGAAGGGCUGCUGAAGAAGAGGAAAGACGCGAGCAAUUGCGACAACGCCGUGAAGAAGAGGAACAGCGAAGACUGGCGACCACCGCGCCCGCGCGAGGAACAAGAGGAACCAGAGGAGUCAGAGGCACCACCAGGGCGCGAGGCCGGGUUGUAUCGCGAGGAGCUAGCUCAAGCUACACAUCCGGAAACAGCUCAUCGAGUAUACCGAGCCGUGGGACCACUAACAUUGGUCGAGGUUUUGGUGCGCGCCGAGCCAGAGGGACCAAAUGA